AUGGCGCAAUUCUCGGCAACGGUAGCUAAAAUGGCAAGGCUUCUGGCCAUUACUCAAAUCCUUACUGGAAUUUUACUAUUCAGUUUUGACAUUGUCGAUCGAUAUGUCCCUGGAGGCUUUACUGGUUACGUGUAUUUUGGAGUUUGGAUUGGAAUAUGGGUAAGCAAUAUAUUCCUACUUAGAAUGAUUAACUAAUUAAAUCAGUUUAGAAAGUGUUUGAUACAGAUGCCUUUUGAAAGUUUUUGUGUUUUAUAGGAACAAUUGUAUUAGAAAAACGAGGCUUGAAUUUGCCCAAAGAUUAGGAACCACGUAAGAAGCAAAUGUAUUGACGAAGCCGCAACAUUCAUCAAUACAUGGUUCAUCGGCUACAAGUGCACUGCAUGUUUUUGCCUGGGGAACACACCGAGCGAACUGUAAAACUUUUCAAUCUCCUGUAUAUAGCAUUUUUCUGCAUGAUGCACAACAUUUGUAUCAAGAUGCCGAUUAAUAAGUCCAAAUAUCACUGGAUAAAUAUCAAAUUUUGCAAAAUAAAUAGUAAGUCAAGUUCAGUAAUGGUCAGUUUUUGUGGUUACGAGAUAUGACGUCAUAAGUAGCUGGUGGUCAAGCCAUUUUUGAAUGAAAAUACAUAUUUUUUCAACCACAGCAAAUAUUGUGGCUAAAAUCACGCGAAAAGCUUAUUUAUGUGUUAUUUUUCACGUCAAGCACAAAACAAUCACUAUUUCUUCUUAGCCUGAUUUCUAAUUCUUGGUAACAUCCAAGAUGGCGGCCAAGAUGACGACCAUUGUUGGUGACGUCACAGGCCUCCAGCAGCGACACCACCCAUAAAAUAUCUCAUCUUCUUAAGAAGAUCAAAGGUUUUCCACUGAAGGUAAAAUCGUUUCGAACUAAUGUAACAUAUCAAAAACUCAAGGGGAAAGGGGGUGUUUCAUCCAUUCCCCCUUGUACGGUGGGGGUAUGCAUUUGCGUGGUUACGUCCGAGGGUAAACCCCCGGACGUGCAAAGUUAAAUACAUUUUUUGGGAGGUAGUUAUAAGUUGUUUACGGAAAAUUGGUGGUUAAUUUUCUCUCGUGAUUUUCAGUCUUUUUUAAAAAAACAAACACAAACGCAAAAUAAUAUACAAAACAAAUAUUUUUCCAAAUUUUUUCUCUUGAUCCUUAGCUAUACCACAAAGUUACGUACUGCCAUCAGUUUGCUCUAAUGCCAGAAAUUCGAUAACGUUCUACAGAAGCCGAAGACACUUUUUCAGGGAUUUGAUUUAACUUCAAGGCUCAAAGCAGGGCAGUUUAUUUUUAAAGUAGGUUUUACCUUGCAUAAACCAUACGUUUUUAUUUCUUGUGCUGCAGGUGUGCAUUACAGGAGCUCUUGGAAUCCCUUGAGGUGGUAGAGACAGGAAUUAUACUCGCAACUGUUUUGUAAGUAAGACGUAUGACUUUAAUGUUGCUGUGGGCCGUUCCUUUAACUUAAAGGUCCUAGUGGAAGUUUUUAUUAUUAUUUUUUUAUUCAUAGGUAUAUAUAUAUUUUUUUUUCAGGCCGGCGUUUUCAUGGGUUUCUCUAUUACAUCCGCCGUGUUUGGUGGAAUAAUCAUCUUUUUUUACGGCAUUGGCAUCUCUCUGAUUAUUUCGAAGGACGCGAAGAUCUACUAUGAUAACGUCGAGUCCUACAAUAAGUACUACCAUGUAAAGGUGGUUAUUCUUCCCGUCAUGCUUAUCAUGGGCAUAGCUACGUUUGUGAUUGGAAUCUGGGCAGCGAUAUGCACCUGUUUGUUGAAACCUUGUUGUGAACAACUGGAGGUACAGUAA